AUGAUUCUUACCAUUAAAUUUCAGGCUCAAGACACGAUUCUUUUCCCCAACACAACGACCCGACAAACUGUCAAGGUCACCUUGGGUGCUGAGAACUACUUCCGGUUGCGCUUGUCCAAUGCUUUCGGCACCAGUGAUUUAAAUAUUACACAAGCUACCGUAGCUCAGGCUCGAGAUAAUGCGUCAGGCGACAGCGCGAUUGAAGCUCAUACACUCCGGAAAGUUACCUUUGACGAGGGGUUGGAGAAUACGACGAUUGUGAGCGGCGCGCAAGCCGUCUCCGAUGCUGUUGGAUUCGGAUUCUUUUUGCCAGCGAAUACAGUGCUCAGCAUUACCGGUGGCAACCUGGCAGACGGCCUAGGUCCCAAUCUUCUCGGUUGUCUCGAUCGAGACAUUCUUUCGCACUCUGGUGUCAGAUAUGUUAUUGUGUUUGAAGGUGUAAAUGAUAUUGGAACCGCUGAGUUCGAUGACGAGAGUCAGACUAUAAUUGGUGAUCGGUUGAUUGCCGCAUAUAGACAGGUCGCAACGAGACUUCAUGCGCAUGGAAUAAUUGUGCUUGCCGCCACAAUUACACCUUUUGGCCGGAGAAAAGAGGACAUUGCGGCCGAAAUAGCGGCCGAGGGUCUCUCGGGAUAUUCACAUUCCAUCCGAGACCGGACGAGAAAACGGGUCAACAGGUGGAUUCAUAACAGCGGCAUAUUUGAUGCCGUCCUCGAAUUUUCUCAGCUCUUGGAAGACAAGUCGGAUGAUGGGGCUUUAAAGCGAGAGUUCGACUCGGGCGAUCGUCUGCAUCCCAACACGCAAGCCUUCAAAGCUAUAGCAGAUGCCUUCCCAUUAGGUCUUUUUGAGCGAUUUUGA